AAUGUCAUUCUCUAGAAAUGGAGCAUGGUGAUGGAGGAAUUAAUUAAUUAAUUAUGUAGGUUUAUACAAGUACCUAUCCAGUUAACAGAAGUUAAUAUGCUUUUCAAAAUAGUGAAUAAAUUAACCAUCUUGAAUUCAUCAUAUCCACAGAUGGAAACCAAAUUAAAAGCAGAAGAAUCAAAUAAUACUAUAAUUACGGAGUUUGUUCUCAUGGGGUUUUCUGAUGAACCCAAUUUACAGUGGAUACUCUUUGGGACAUUUUUCAUCAUGUAUCUGAUUAUUUUGUUGGGCAAUAGCAUCAUAAUACUGAUAACAACAGUUGACCCUACUCUCCGGAACCCCAUGUAUUUUUUCCUUGGCAAUUUUUCCUUCUUGGAAAUAUGUUAUGUAACAGUCACUAUCCCAAGAAUGCUCAGGGACAUUUGGACCCGGAAAGGAAAUAUUUCCUUUUUGGCCUGUGCUAUGCAAAUGUGUUUUUUUCUUAUAUUUGGAGGCACAGAGUGUUUGCUCCUGACAGUGAUGGCCUAUGACCGCUAUGUGGCCAUUUGUAACCCUCUGCAUUAUCCUGUAGCCAUGAACCACAGGGUCUGUAUCCAGUUAGUGGCUGGCUCCUGGAUCAGUGGAAUUCUAGUUGAAAUUGGGCAAACGUGCCAGAUUUUCUCUCUGUCCUUUUGUGGGUCUAACACAAUUAAUCAUUUCUUUUGUGACAUUCCCCCAGUAAUCAAGCUUGCAUGCGGGGACAUAGUAGUGAAUCAGAUGGUGGUCUAUAUAUUAGCUACGAUGUUUUUGAAGUUACCAUUUCUGUGGAUCCUUGCUUCCUAUGGCAAAAUUAUCUCCAACAUUCUGAAAUUGUCCUCAGCUAAAGGAAGGGCCAAAGCUUUCUCCACCUGUUCUUCUCACCUGACAGUUGUAAUCUUAUUCUAUGGAACAGCUGCUAUCAAUUAUUUACUGCCCAAAUCAAAUCAAUCUGAAGGACUGGGGAAACUGGUCUGUCUUUUCUAUACCAUUUUGACACCAAUGAUGAAUCCUGUUAUAUAUAGUCUGAGGAAUAAAGAUGUCAUGGUGGCAUUGAAGAGGCUGCUACCUAAUUAUUAACAUGAUGCAAUGACUUGAAAUUACUAUAUGCUUAUGUUUUUGCCAUGUAGAUACAAUGGGAAAAUCUUCUAGUUUUCUUUCUACAUUCUUAAACAGAGAUAAUUUACAGUGUGCCAACAAUCUCACAUUAUGUCAAGGUACUUUUGUUUCAUAGAAUUAACUACUUCUGUGUAAUCAAACCACAAAUUAACUUGAGUGCAAAAAUAAAAUCUUGAAGAUCAAUCUUUUCUCUGACUGAACAAGUGAGGUAAGAGAUUUUCUGAAUAACACAGUGUAAGACAAUUGAGUGUGUUGUAUAAUUCUGAAUUACGGCCAUGCUCUGUGAUAAUUUUCUCUUAUAUUUCCCAUUCCUCCAGACAUAUUUUCUGCCUUUCUCU